AUGGGUUCAGGUGGGGUUUCAGGAGGGCUUCAGGAGGGGUUCAGGUGGGGUUCAGGAGGGGCUUCCGGUGGGGUUUCAGGAGGGGUUCAGGAGGGGUUUCAGGAGGGGCUUCAGGAGUCAGAGGAGUUUUCAGGAGCCUGGAGGGGCUUCAGGAGGGUUUCGGGAGGGGCUUCAGGAGGGGCUGCCUGGAGGGGUUUAGGAGGGGUUUCAGGAGGGGCUGUCAGGAGGUUCAGGAGAAGGGGUUCAGGAGGGGUUUCAGGUGUUCAGGAGGAGGCUCUCACGGUAUCGGGAAGGGUUUCAGGGAGGGGCUUCAGGAGGGCUGCUGGAGGGGUUCAGGAGUUUCAGGUGGUUCAGGAGGGGUUCAGGAGGGGUUCAGGGGGUUCAGGGGGGUUCAGGAGGGCGUUUAGAGUGGAGGUGGGUUCAGGGAGUCUGGAGGUUUCAGGAGGGUUUCAGGAGGGGUUUCAGGAGGGCUUCAGGCAGUCAGGAGGAGUUUCAGGAGUCCGAUGGGCGUUCAGGAGGGUUUCUUCGGAGGGCUCGAUGAGGGGCUGGCUGGAGGGGUUUAGGAGGGGUUCAGGAGGGACUUCAGGAGGGGUAGGAGGGUUUCAGGAAGCAAGGUUCAGGAGGGCUUCAGGAGGGUUUCAGGAGAGGCUUCAGGAGGGGUUCAGUUGGGGUUUCAGGAGGGGCUUCGGAGGGGCUGCUGGAGGGGUUCAGGAGGGUUUCAGGAGGGUUUCAGGAGGGUUUCAGGAGGGAUUCAGGUGGGUUUCAGGAGGGGCUUCAGGAGGGGUUUCAGGAGGGGUUUCAGUGAGGAUCAGGAGGGUUUCAGGAGGGUUCAGGUGGUUUCAGGAGGGCUUCAGGAGUCAGGAGGAAUUCAGGAGUCCGGAGGGCUUCAGGAGGGUUUCGGGAGGGCUUUCAGGAGGGGCUGCUGGAGGGGUUUAG